CGCAGGCGAACGCAUUCAGUGAGUAGCAACGUAACAGUGCCGGCGCCGCCGUCGGCCCCCGGUGCGCGCUAACGGCUGCCUCCGCCGCUUAACCGCCCCCGAGCGCCACCGCAGCCGCGUAGAAAUGGGUCCCGGUGUGGCGGACGAAACGAGGCCUAACCGCGCGCUGUCCUCGGCCGUCGAGCAGCAGUGAGGAGCGCGCGAGAGCGAGGAGCGGCAGCGGCCUAUCGAUCUGAAAAAGGAAGCCGGCACCGCGACCGUUUGUCGAGGCCACGGCGCCGCACCGCUUGCCGUUCGUGUUUCCUCCCGCUAACCCUCGACAAAUCGAUGUAUCGACAGCGGAGGAGGAGCAGCGGCGCGUUUAAGAUCUCGUCAGCCGCGCCGCAAGCAGCAGGCACUGACAGGGAGGCGGCUCCACAGCAGUGACAGCCGGCACGAACAGUAGCGAACCUCGCGGAAAGCGACCGACACGACUGUAAGAGGAGGAGCUGGGAGCGAAGAGGACGGCCAAGACAGGUGGAGGAAGGUAGCGGAGCGCGCAGAUGCUGACGUAGACUGCCCGAGAGAGACCGGUGAGCGCUACGCGGCAGGAUGGCGCAGUUCGGCAGAUUCCGCAUCCCGACGCUGGGGGCGGCCGUCAACGUGGCGUGGGAGACGCUGAAGGCGACGGUGCCCGAGUCGAGCCCGUGCCUCGACCUGAUCCGCGGCGGGGGCGGCGGCGCCGGGGGCGGCGGGGGCGCCGACCGGAGGGGCGGCGGCGGGGGCGGCGGCGGGGGCGGCGAGCGCGUGCGGUUCGCGCAGUUCGGCGGCCCGGGGGCGGCGGCCGGCGCCGAGACGACGGAGCUGGCCACCAUGUCCGGCGGGCCGCAGGCCGACGGCGCCGCGCCCGCCGUCGCCGAGGACGGCUUCGGCUACCAGCGCGCCGACAGCUUCGCCAGCGUCGACUUCGCCGAGGGCGGCGGCGGGGGCGGCGAGAGCGGCUACGAGGGCGGCGGCGGGAAGCACAGGAUCAACGAGUGGCAGGCCGCCUGGAACGUCACCAACGCCAUACAGGGAAUGUUCAUCGUGUCACUACCAUUCGCAGUGCUCCGUGGUGGCUACUGGGCAAUUGUUGCCAUGAUAGGCAUUGCAUAUAUCUGCUGCUACACGGGCAAGAUCCUGGUGGACUGCCUGUACGAGGAUGGGGUGCGCGUGCGGGACUCCUACGUCUCAAUCGCGAGUGAGUGCUUCGGGCCCAAGUGGGGGGCACGAGCUGUCAAUGUGGCACAGAUCAUCGAGCUGUUGAUGACGUGCAUCCUGUAUGUGGUGGUCUGCGGCGACCUUAUGGUGGGCACCUUUCCGGAGGGUGCCAUCGACACGCGUAGCUGGAUGAUGCUGAUCGGCAUACUGCUCGUGCCGCUCGGCUUCCUCAAGUCACUGCACCACGUCUCCAUGCUCAGCUUCUGGUGCACUAUGUCCCAUCUUGUUAUCAAUGCCGUCAUCCUCGGUUACUGCCUGCUGUACAUCGGAGACUGGGGAUGGUCCAAGGUCAAGUGGAGCAUUGACUUCGAAAACUUCCCCAUCUCCCUGGGUGUCAUCGUGUUCAGUUACACGUCACAGAUCUUCCUGCCAACACUCGAGGGCAACCUCAUAGACCCCUCCAAGUUCAACUGGAUGCUCAACUGGAGCCAUAUUGCUGCUGCCAUCUUCAAGUCCCUGUUUGGUUAUGUGUGCUUUCUGACCUUCCAGAAUAAUACGCAGCAGGUCAUCACCAAUAACUUACAUUCCCAGGGCUUCAAGGGCUUUGUUAACUUCUUUUUGGUGGUGAAGGCAGUGCUAUCUUACCCACUGCCAUACUAUGCUGCUUGUGAGCUCCUGGAACGUGCCUUCUUCCGUGGCCGACCCGAGACUCUGUUCCCGACCAUCUGGGCACUUGAUGGUGAGCUCAAGGUAUGGGGCUUGGCCUUCCGUGUUGGUGUUGUCACCUUCACUAUUCUUAUGGCCAUCUCCAUUCCACACUUUGCCAUACUAAUGGGUUUCAUUGGCAGCUUCACAGGCACGAUGUUGUCUUUCAUCUGGCCGUGCUACUUCCAUCUGAAACUGAAGAGGCCGAUGCUGGACUGGGGUACAGUUGCCUAUGACUGCUUUGUCAUUUUCCUUGGGGUCCUCUUUGGUAUUAUUGGAGUAUAUGAUUCUGGCUCUGCUCUAAUCAAGGCCUUUGAAAUAGGCCUGCCAUUCUGAAGUUGUAGUGAGUCUGUCAGUAGCCAGCUAA